UAUUUCCUUAGGGCAGAUACUUGCCACGUGGCAUACGAGAUCUUAAAAGUCGGCUAUCGAUAGCUUAUCAAAACCCAUCUUUACCCUAAUUUGUUAUUUUUCUACUUUGCUUCCCUGUAACGCCGAUAAAAAAGGGGAAAGUCCCUAGAAGAAAAGGAAAAAAAAAUGGCCUCGAAGCUUCUUCGUCAAACCCUAACGAAAACCAAACCAACCAAUGUCAUCCGCCGCUUCUCCACAGCGGCUGCCAUCGCUUCCCCUUCAGAGUAUGAGGACCCAACAGGAAUCACAAUGAAAGGCGUGAAAAUUGCGGGCCGUCCGCUUUACCUCGACAUGCAAGCGACUUCCCCAGUGGACCCUAGGGUUUUAGAUUCGAUGCUACCGUAUUACCUUUCCCGUUACGGAAACCCUCACUCCCGUACUCAUCUCUACGGUUGGGAAUCGGAAACCGCCGUCGAAACCGCCCGUGCACAAGUUGCCACACUUAUCGGAGCUUCCCCGAAAGAAAUCAUCUUCACUUCUGGCGCCACCGAAUCGAACAACAUCUCAAUCAAAGGCGUCAUGCAUUUUUACAAAGACAAGAAGCGCCACGUUAUCACGACCCAAACGGAGCACAAAUGCGUUCUGGAUUCCUGCCGGCACCUUCAACAGGAAGGUUUUGAGGUAACUUAUUUGCCUGUUGGGUCUGAUGGGCUUAUUGAUUUGGAUAGAUUAAGAAAAGAAAUCCGGCCCGAUACUGGGUUAGUUUCUGUUAUGACGGUCAAUAAUGAAAUUGGGGUGGUUCAACCGAUUGAGGAAAUUGGUAAAAUUUGUAAAGAAUUUAAUGUCCCUUUUCAUACUGACGCUGCACAAGCUUUAGCGAAGAUUAAGAUUGACGUAGACAAAUGGAAUGUUAGUUUAAUGAGUUUAAGUGGGCAUAAAAUUUAUGGACCUAAAGGAGUUGGGGCUUUGUAUAUGAGAAGGCGGCCACGGAUUAGAGUUGAGCCGCAAAUGAAUGGAGGUGGGCAAGAGAGAGGGAUAAGGAGUGGGACUGUGCCUACUCCACUUGUUGUUGGGAUGGGAGCGGCGUGUGAGUUGGCGUUGAAGGAAAUGGAGUAUGAUGAGAAGAGGAUUAAACGUUUGCAAGAGAGGUUGUUGAAUGGGAUUAGGGAGAAGAUUGAUGGGGUGGUGGUGAAUGGAAGUAUGGAUAGGAGGUAUGUUGGAAAUUUGAACUUGUCGUUUGCAUAUGUGGAAGGGGAGAGUUUGUUAAUGGGGCUGAAAGAAGUGGCAGUAUCUAGUGGGAGUGCUUGUACUAGUGCAAGUUUGGAGCCUUCGUAUGUGUUGAGAGCAUUGGGUGUGGAUGAGGAUAUGGCACAUACCUCAAUUAGGUUUGGGAUUGGGAGGUUUACUACUGAGGAGGAGAUUGACAGGGCAGUUGAGCUUACCGUGAAACAGGUUGAGAAAUUGAGGGAAAUGAGUCCGCUUUAUGAGAUGGUGAAGGAAGGGAUUGAUAUUAAGCAGAUUCAUUGGGCACAACAUUGAUCAAGUUUUGAACAUGGUUGAGGCUGUUUUGAUAUGGAUUGCAUGUCAAAGGAAUAUUGGCCUCCGGCUAAAGCUGCUUAAGAAGAGCUGGGAUCGUGUCACUUUAUCCUGGUUUUCUUUUGUCAUCCUUGUAAGCCUUGUGAGCUGUCAUAGUUAAUUUAUAUGGUUAGCAGAUGGAUCAUCUAUUGGGCUGGUGUUAGAGUAAAACAUACUCAAACUCUUUAAACAUAGGCAUAUCCUAAUUUGAUAAUAGGAAUAAUAAGAGAUGCUUCUGCUAUAGUAACAAAAUUGUUUUUUUUUUUCAUGUUUUAUUACCUCUGAGCUCACUUGUGUUGAUUACAAAAUACUCAUUACUUAUAAUUAUACUCCAAUUCUGCUA